AUGGCACACAACACCCCGAAUUACGGCUGGCCAAGCCGAUCGUCACAACCCCUUCAGCCUUCUUCUAUGGCGAUGGAGCAGCCGCCGUUCUCCCAACCUCAGGGCCUGUCGUCACACCCCGCAUAUCCUAUCGGAUACAAUUCACAGCAUCACCCUGCUUCCCAAAGCUACUACCAGGCAGGAGCCCCCUCUGGGCAGUAUUUCUCGCCGGCGCAUACAGGUGCACCGCACAACCGACACCAUCCCCGAAGUGCGUCGAUACCAUACUCCUUUCCUAGUAACUCGAUCCCGACCAGUUCGACAGCGAUGCAAGACCAGCUAUUUACCUCCCCUCCCUCUUCCUAUCUAGUCCACCAGUCAGAGUACUACCUAGCACAAGGAUCUUCGCUUUCGUCGACCGCCGCAUCAUUAGCCGUUAGCCCUCAACCGCAGCCGAUAGUGCCCUCCGGACCUGUUUACUCCUCACCCGACUCUGCUCCAGCCCCCUCAGACCCGGAACAACAGGUCAGGGUGAUCAGCUUUCGGCCAAAGCCCCAAUGUUGGGAUCACGGGUGCAAUGGGCGUGAAUUCUCAACCUUCAGUAACCUUCUCCGCCAUCAACGAGAGAAAUCCGGCGUCGUUGCCAAGGCAGAAUGUCCCAGCUGUGGGGCUGUUUUUACCCGCACUACCGCCAGAAAUAUCCAUGUGGCUCAGGGGAAAUGCAAGGGCAUUGGGAGAGAUUCGUCAAACUAA